UCAAAAGCCACCCGGUGAUACUUCCUAACAGCAAACCCGAAGCCAUGGCCAGUGAACGUGAUCUUUUCUCCACUGAGAUUGUAAACCGCGGAAUCGAAUCAUCAGGACCCAAUGCUGGCUCUCUGACGUUCUCGGUGAGGGUGAGGAGACGGCUGCCGGACUUUCUUCAGUCAGUAAACCUCAAAUACGUGAAGCUGGGUUACCACUAUCUGAUAACCCAUGGCAUUUACUUGGUCACCAUUCCUGUGCUUUUGCUGGUCUUCAGCGCCGAGGUCGGCAGCCUCAGCAAAGAAGAGCUAUGGAAGAAGCUUUGGCAAGACGCCCGCUGCGACCUUGCCACUGUCCUCGCGUUCUCCGGCGUCUUCGUUUUCACCCUCUCCGUCUACUUCAUGUCAAGGCCUCGCUCCAUAUAUCUCAUAGACUUUGCUUGCUACAAACCCAACGACGACCUCAAGGUGUCGAGGGAGGAAUUCAUUGAGGUGGCAAGAAGAUCAGGCAAGUUUGAUGAGGAGAGUCUAGAGUUCCAGAAGAGGAUGCUGAUGUCGUCAGGGAUCGGGGACGAGACUUACAUCCCGAAGGAAGUGAUCAGGUCAAGUGAAAGCAGCGCAACAAUGAAGGAAGGUCGAGCUGAGGCGUCCAUGGUUAUGUUCGGGGCACUGGACGAGCUGUUCGAGAAAACCGGAGUUCGUCCUAAAGACGUGAGUGUUUUGGUAGUGAACUGCAGCAUCUUCAACCCUACACCGUCGUUGUCGGCGAUGAUCAUAAACCACUACAAGAUGAGAGGAAACGUGUUGAGCUAUAACCUUGGUGGGAUGGGUUGCAGUGCUGGGAUUAUAGCAGUGGACUUAGCAAGAGACAUGCUUCAAUCCAACCCAAAUAAUUAUGCCCUAGUGGUCAGCACCGAGAUGGUGGGAUUUAAUUGGUACCAGGGCAAAGAAAGAUCCAUGCUCGUUCCAAACUGUUUCUUUCGUAUGGGUUGCUCUGCUAUUUUGCUCUCCAAUCGUCGUCGUGACUAUAGGCGUGCCAAGUACCGCCUCGAACAUAUUGUUCGCACUCAUAAAGGUGCCGAUGAUCGCAGCUUCAGUUGUGUGUACCAAGAGGAGGAUGCACAAAAAUUCAAGGGGCUAAAGGUUAGCAAAAAGCUAAUUGAGAUUGGCGGAGAUGCUCUGAAAACCAACAUCACAACGCUAGGACCCCUGGUGCUACCCUUUUCUGAGCAGCUUCUCUUCUUUGGCACACUAGUAUGGAGGUACUUAUUUGGGGGUAAUAAUUCAGCAUCAUCACGGAAGCCAUAUAUUCCAGACUACAAGCUGGCUUUUGAGCAUUUCUGUGUGCAUGCUGCGAGCAAGACCAUUCUUGAUGAGCUUCAGAGAAACCUGGAACUGAGUGACCACAACAUGGAGGCCUCCAGGAUGACUCUGAACCGCUUUGGCAACACAUCCAGCAGCAGCAUAUGGUAUGAGCUCGCUUACUUGGAGGCCAAGGAAAGGGUCAGAAGAGGAGACCGUGUCUGGCAACUUGCCUUUGGCUCUGGGUUCAAGUGCAACAGUGUGGUUUGGCGUUCCAUGCGCCGAAUCAAGAAGCCUUCUAACAACCCUUGGCUCGAUUGCAUCGACCGUUAUCCCCUGUCUAACACACAUCCUCGUUGAGCAACUGCAAGUACUAUGAUCUAUCUAUCAGUAUUGGCAGUCAUUCAUUUUGUGGUUGAUCUUAACUGUUGCAUUUUCUACUUCGUUACUGUAUACUACUACUGUGACAUAGACCUGCUUGUUUCUCUGUCUCUGUUUGUAGUAGUUAUCAAAGUUAAAUGAAAGACUAUAUGAAGUCAAUCCACCAAUGUUGUCAGUGUCCCUGUCUUCACUAUCAACAUGAAUUUUGAAACAAAACAUAAAUUCCUGAAGAAUUCGAAGUUUUUGGUUUGCAGGUGAAA